GUUUUAAUGAAACUAUUUCUGAACGAAUUUUUUUAAACUUGACAGAUACUGCGCGUAUAUUUUAUCUGUGUAUUGCGUUUUUGGUGACAAGUGAAAUCGGUGAAAUCAUUUUGAUAAAUACUUGAUUAAUUUCCAAAGAUGUCUUUCUUUGGUGUAGGGAAUCCUUUUUCUACGCCGGUAGGGCAAAAAAUAGAACAAGCUACAGAUGGAUCGUUACCGUCGGAGAACUGGGCUCUUAAUAUGGAAAUAUGUGAUAUUGUAAACAGUACUGCAGACGGGCCUAAAGAUGCCAUUAAGGCUAUAAGAAAGAGAUUGACUCAGAGUGCUGGAAAGAACUACACAAUUGUAAUGCAUACUCUGACUGUGCUUGAGACCUGUGUAAAGAACUGUGGCAAGUCAUUUCAUGUUCAGGCUUGCAACAAGGAGUUUAUAUCUGAAUUGGUAAAACUGAUUGGCCCUAAGAAUGAUCCUCCAACAGUGGUCCAAGAGAAGGUGCUUAGCCUAAUUCAGUGUUGGGCGGAUGCUUUCCAGAACCAGCCUGAUUUACAGGGCGUAGUGCAAGUUUACACCGAAUUAAGGACUAAAGGAGUCGAGUUUCCAAUGACAGAUUUAGACGCAAUGGCUCCCAUAUUCACACCACAAAGGAGUGUCCCGGAUAGUGGUGAACCUAUGAUCGGCUCGCCUCAACGCUCAGCUAUGCCGCAAACCUCGCCCAGUCGUCCCAACCAGGAACAAAUAUCUGGAACCGUGACACUAUCAGAGAGCCAGACGAAUAAGCUCCGCGCCGACCUCGCCGUGGUGGAGGGCAACAUGAACGUGAUGAACGACAUGCUGAACGAGCUCACCACGCAGCCUCACACCGCGCACCACGACUCCGACAUCGAACUGCUUAACGAUUCUCCUAUCCUUGACGACUACAGCCUGAUUAUGGAUUCUGCUCCUGCUACUCAUGACGACACUGGUGAUAAAUUGGAUUUAGUAUUAGACGCUUUGGCUUACGAACCCGGCAUUCAGUCUGGACUUAGUAUCGACAAUGUUGAUUUGGAGUUGGCAGACACGCUGCGCGCCAUGCAGACUCGCGUGGCCGAGCUGAUUGGGCGGCUGGCGGGCGAGUCCCCCCUCACCGGGGAACUGCUGCACGCCAACGACCGACUCAACAACCUACUCCUCAGACACGGACGGUUCAUUAACAACAGGAACGCCGCUACCGGCGGUGCUACGCCAUCGGCCAUUUUAGGCGCUGCCAUGGGAGUACCUGGAUCGAAUGCCCCUACAUCACCAAAGAAACCUGAUGACGAUGCUCUGAUUGAUCUCAGCGAUGAUGUACCUGAUAUUGCCAAAUUGAGUGUUCGGGACUCCCAGCCAGACAAGUCCCCGGGCAGCUCGAAGGACGAGUUCGACAUGUUCGCACAAUCGCGUAACCUUACCUACGAGAACUCAAAGACUGGAGGCAGUAGUUACGCAGAUAACUUGGAGGAGCAGUCCUCGGCUGGGCUGGCCUCCAUCGCCAGCCAGCGAGCCACGCAGGGCCAACCACUUCCGUCGGGCAUGGAUGAAAGGGAGAUCGAUGAGAUAGCAGCAUGGUUAGCUCAAGAGAAGGCUGCAUCCGAAGCAGCUGGUGGACAAGAGAGCGUGACAAGCAGUGACUUCGACAAGUUCCUGGCGGAGCGAGCCGCGGCGGCGGACAGUCUCCCGCCGGCGAGGCAGGCGGGCGCCGCCCCCGCAGCCCCCGGAGCCCCCGCGGCCGGCGCCAGCCCCGCGCGCCGCGACCCGCCCACCAUGCCGGCCGCGCUGACCCCGCGCCACCGACAGAUCAACAAGGACGACCACGACUCCAUGUUCGCGCUCUGAUCCUCUCCCAACAACACAGGUUUAUCGUCAUGUCUAGAACCCUAGCUUACAUAUGUUACCCAUUAUUUUCUAACAACUAUACCUCUACUAUCAAUUUACAACAAUAAUAUGUAUCCAUUUCAGUAACGAUGACGACAAUUUUGCAAGGUCCAGG